GCCCGCCGCCGGCCAGCCGCCGCGCCCCUGCCCAGCCCGGCCGUGCCAGGCCAGCGCGCGUCCCGCCUCGGCCCGACGGCAACAGAGCGGGUGCCCUCGGGGACAAGCGGGCAGGAUGACCCAGACGCCCCCCGCCGACGAGGGAGCCACGUUCGAGCACCUCUGGAACUCUCUGGAGCCGGACAGCACCUACUUCGACCUGCCAGAGCCGAGCCGGGCCAGAGGCCAGGCGGGCGCCGGGGACAGCCUGCACACCUUCCACAUGCAGCCCGUGAGCGCGCCGGCCAUGUCCCAGUUCGAUUUGCUGAGCAGCACCAUGGACCAGAUGAGCAGCCGCGCGGCCUCGGCCAGCCCCUACACCCCGGAGCACGCGGCCAGCGUGCCCACCCACUCGCCCUACGCGCAGCCCAGCUCCACCUUCGACACCAUGUCGCCGGCACCCGUCAUCCCGUCCAACGCCGACUACCCCGGCCCCCACCACUUCGAGGUCACCUUCCAGCAAUCCAGCACGGCCAAGUCGGCCACCUGGACGUACUCCCCGCUGCUGAAGAAACUCUACUGCCAAAUUGCCAAGACCUGCCCCAUCCAGAUCAAGGUGUCCACGCCGCCACCGCCGGGCACCGCCAUCCGCGCCAUGCCCGUCUACAAGAAGGCGGAACAUGUCACCGAGGUGGUGAAGCGCUGCCCCAACCACGAGCUCGGAAGGGACUUCAAUGAAGGACAGUCUGCACCAGCCAGCCACCUCAUCCGCGUGGAAGGCAACAACCUGUCCCAGUAUGUGGAUGACCCCGUGACCGGCAGGCAGAGCGUCAUGGUGCCCUACGAACCCCCCCAGGUGGGCACAGAAUUCACCACCAUCCUCUACAACUUCAUGUGCAACAGCAGCUGCGUGGGGGGCAUGAACCGAAGGCCCAUCCUCAUCAUCAUCACCCUGGAGACCCGAGAUGGGCAGGUGCUGGGCCGCAGGUCCUUUGAGGGCCGCAUCUGUGCCUGUCCGGGCCGGGACCGCAAGGCCGACGAGGACCAUUACCGGGAGCAGCAGGCCCUGACCGAGAGCACCACCAAGAACGGGGCCGCCAGCAAGCGCGCCUUCAAGCAGAGCCCGCCCGCCAUCCCUGCGCUGGGCACCAACGUGAAGAAGAGGCGGCACGGGGACGAGGACGUGUACUACCUGCACGUGCGGGGCCGGGAGAACUUUGAGAUCCUGAUGAAGGUCAAGGAGAGCCUGGAGCUCAUGGAGCUGGUGCCGCAGCCGCUGGUGGAUUCCUACAGGCAGCAGCAGCAGCUCCUGCAGAGGCCGAGCCACCUGCAGCCCACAUCCUACGGGCCGGUGCUGUCCCCUGCCAACAAAGUGCACGGGGGCGUCAACAAGCUGCCCUCUGUCACCCAGCUGGUGGGCCAGCCUCCCCCGCACGGCUCAGCGCCAGGGCCCAGCCUGGGUCCCAUGGGCGCCGGGAUGCUUACCCACCACGGCCAGGCACUGCCGGCCAACGGCGAGAUGAACGGCGCCCACAGCUCCCAGACUAUGGUCUCGGGGUCGCACUGCACCCCGCCACCUCCCUACCAUGCUGACCCCAGCCUGGUCAGCUUCCUGAACGGACUGGGGUGCCCCAACUGCAUCGAGUACUUCACGUCCCAGGGGCUGCAGAACAUCUACCACCUGCAGAACCUGACCAUAGAGGACCUGGGCGCCCUGAAGAUUCCGGACCAGUACCGGAUGACCAUCUGGCGGGGCCUGCAGGACCUGAAGCAGGGCCCCGACUACGGGGCGGCGCAGCAGCUCAUCCGCUCCAGCAGCAACGCGGCCACCAUCUCCAUCGGCAGCUCGGGCGAGCUGCAGCGCCAGCGCGUCAUGGAGGCCGUGCACUUCCGCGUGCGCCACACCAUCACCAUCCCCAACCGCGGCCCCGCCGUGCCCGACGAGUGGGCCGACUUCGGCUUCGACCUGCCCGACUGCCGGCCCCGCAAGCAGCCCAUCAAGGAGGAGCUCACGGAGAGCGAAGUCCACUGAGGGGCGUGCGCCGCAGCCCCCCACACGCUUCCUUCGGGCCAGAAACUCCGGGGGGCCGGGCCCGUGGGCUGGCCCGGAAGAUGCCCGCCCCGCAGAGGGUGGCAUGGACGGCCCGGCCGCUCCGCUCGCGCGCUCCUCCCUGCCUUCCCUCGAGGACUCAGCGCUCGGGCGGGGUGCAGCCCUCGGCCACGCAGCAGGCCUUUGCAGGCCGAGGCCGGAGCCCUCUGCUGGACUGGAGGGUCCGGCCACUCCCUUCACGCGGGCUCAGCCCCCCACCCCUUCCUGCCCAACGGAGAAGCAGACUUCUGCAGGAACUGGGGGGCGCGGGGGGCGCGGCUGUGCCGGCAGGCACCCCAGCGGGGGUGGCUCCUUAGAACAGAGCCGCCCCUCAGCCAGGCCCGGGCAGGCCGAGCGCAGACUGGGGACACUCCGUGUUGUUUUCAGACCUGAGGUGCAGAGCCAGGGGUGAGGCGGAGCUGUCUGCGUCCUUUCGGACUGAGGUGAGGAACAGCGGGCGGUUCAGAGGCAGCGCCCCGCUCUGAGGUGCUCUGAUCCUCACUGGUCAGGGGGCGAGGCCCGCCACCAGCUUACACUCAGCUUACAUGCGCGGUCAGAGUGGGCACAGGCCCACAACCCCUCUGCAGGCCCGCUGGGGCCGCACUGGGAAGCCCAGGCCCUUCAGAAGGUCCAGCACCGGGUGGGGAGCGCCCCGCUCAACCCAAGGAUUCAGGGGUCGCAGCGCAGAAGGAAGCCCCAUGGAGGUGUCCAGACAGGGCGCAGGGAGGAGUCCUGAUCCGACUGCCCACUCGUGGGGUCCCGGCCAGGACUUGCAGGAUGCAGAUGUCCUCAGCCGCUUACCCGGACAGGAUCAGUGUGGCCUGAUAAAGCAGCCAUCAGGGUGGUGGGGUGCCCAGGGCAGAGCCAGACAGCCAGCUCCCACGGGCGAAGGGCCUUCCCAUGAGCCUCCUGGGGGACCUCCGGUCAGCCAAAAACACACAUCACGUGCAGCCCACACGGCCACCUGGCUAGCUGGCACCUGGCCGCCUGCUGCCUCGGCUCCGUCUUGAGGCUGGGACGGAGGCUGGGGUGCGGAUGCAGUUCUGCUGUUCCGGGAGGAAAACUGAAGCACAGAGGGACCAAGUUCUGGUUGUGAUGGAGCCAGGCUGCAGCCCGGUACUUGCCCCACUGACCACGCGGGAGCCUCAGGAAUCCAGCCCUGACCCCUGGGUUCCGGGGACCCAGGGAGAGGCAGCCAAGUCCCCCAGCCUGGCCUCGUCUCUCCCGCCUUCUGGGUGGGCGUGGGACUGGAGCAGGGGCUAUGAGGGACCCGACUGCAGGCUCCAGCAAACAUCAGUGAAGCGGGAGUGCAGACAUGGCGGACAGAAACUCUGACACUGGGCAGGGUGCAGGACGUCAGGAGCGAACCGUGAGCACCCCGCACACCCCACAAACCUGAGAGGCACCCCCAGCCCGGGGCCUUUUCUCCCACAACCGGGCGGGUUUGAACUCCUGUUCUGCAGAACAAUCCAGGAAGAACAAAGGUCAGGCCGAGGCUUUCCCAGCUGCGCCAGAGGCAGGCCGCCCGAGCACUCCACAGGAAGGAGCAGAGAGGUCGCGGGCUCGAGCUGGCAGACAUCUGAGCCAGAAGCAGGAGUCCAGGAGAAGCUGUGUCAGCUCCAGCCCCAGCUCCAGCCUGGGCUGCUACCGGCGGCCUGUCCCUGGGUCCGCACGGUGCUGUCGCACGUUCCCCUACACGCACAAACUUGAACAGAGUAACUUGCUCUUAACACCAACGCCCGUCAGGCGGGCUCGGUAAAGCACUUUACUGCUUUAAGGUUUCCAACCCCCAUACCACCCCUGUUCUUAAUGUAACAUAAUGCUUCUUCAAGCAGUAUUAACGGAUACAUUCCAGCCAUAUUAACAACUUCUUUUGGUAACUUAAUCUUGGAGAAACGUGUUAUUUUUUUAGCUGU